AUGUAGUUAACCAACUUUUACUUGAAUGAGUGGAAGGGAUCUUAGGAAGUUCGUAAACUUCCACAGAAGUGCCAUCGGUGCCGCAGAUAGUUCACUGGUAAAUCGUUUUAUAGAAGGACAUGGCAGUAACCGAUAUAGGCCGGCUAAUUACGACAAACUUCAAGCCAUCGCUCAACUCAGAAAGGCAGCUGGUAACAAGACCUUCCAGAAGGUUGAAAAGAUAACAAAAGCCAGCAAAGAGAAAAAGGAACAGCAACUCCUUCAGCAGCAUAAGGCUUGUUGGUCAAAGGAGAAAAUAAGACUUCAUAGCUUACAGCGGAAACUGCAAAGUGAUAUUGAUGCCUUACGGCCUGGUAGUCCUUUAGAUUACAGCUCCAUAAAGGAAUUUUUCCAAGAUCUAGAAAUUUAUGAGGAAAUUCUUAGUGAGGAUACCAAUGAGUUUAAGAAGAGCACUAUACAGCCCCUGUGGGAUUUAAGAGAAGACUUGCAGUUUUGGCUUGGUGAAAACAGGGACAGAAUUUUGAUGGGUGUUGCUGAGAAAGAACACUCAGAGGUUCUACAGGUUGUGGAAUCAGUCAAGAUGCAACAACAAGGAGUGAUGGAAAAACUGCAAAUGGAACAAAACCAGCUUGAAGAAGAACUUGAUGGUAUGGCGUUACAUGAAAUGGUUGGAUCAGGAAUGAUAUCAGACAUUGUUACAGACACAGGAAUUCCUGAUGAAGCAUAUACCUUGGAGUGUCCUGACGAACAUUUAAAGAUGACUGUACUGGAAGAGUUUCUUCUGCUGGACAAAAAAUAUGAAGCUCAGUUAGAAUACCUGAAUAUCAAAUAUCGACAUACAAAACAAGGCACUACAGGAGGAUGGUCAAAACAUGAUCAUCUCCAUUUUGUUCAUCUAAUGGAACAGUAUCCACCUGAGCUACCAAACAGAAGGAUGCUUUAUAUCGACAGAAUGUUAAGAGAACUCUCACAUAAAACUCGUUCACAGCUGGUUGAACAUGAAGAGUGGUUUCUUGCACACAAAUUUUACCAAGAGCAAUUUCACAGCACACUUCGUGCCUGGGCCCAUGACAGGGAAGAUCUGCUGAUGAAAGUGAAAGCAACAUUCGUUGAUGCAUGGGCAGCUUAUGAAGAGGCUGCAGAGAAAGCUAAAACAAGAAAGAAACAGGAACAUAUAUGCCAAGAACUCUAUGAGAAGGUACUUGCAUUCCGUGAGCAGAAACUUGAGGCACUAAGGCUUCAAGCUGCUAUUGCUGCACAACAACAGGAAGAGGAAGAAGAACAACUACGAGCUGCCGAGGAAAAAGAGAAGAAACGUAGAGAUAUGCAACACAAACAAAUCCAGGAUUUCAGGGAGCAGAAGGAGAAGGAAAGAGAAAUUUCUGCACAGGAACAGAGAAGAAGGCUGGCAGAAUUACAAGAAAAAAUGGCAGAACAAGCUGUGUUAGAUCGAGAAAGGGUGCAAUACCGCAAGGAGCAGUUGCAGUUACAGCAAGAAGCAAAGCAGCAAGCAAAAGAACUAGCUCUGGAACAAGAAAAGGAAAAACAGAAACGACUGGACAAACUUAGAGAACAGGUUCAAGUUCAUGUAGAGGAUGAUCCCCACAGGGUGUUUAAACCAACUGAGGCAUCCCAAGCUCGUGUGGCCAGUAUGUACGAGGAAGAACUUGACCUUCAGCAUCCUCUCUAUGCUGUCCAUGGCUACGAUGAAAAGCAGGUGGCAGGCGACAAAAGACUGAGAGUUGAGAAUGCCCUGAGGGAAGCAGGGAUCCAUAAUACUGAUUAUGCAAGAUGGAUUAUGGCUACAAUAAAACCACCCCACGAACCACGCAAGGAUCAACAUUCAACCCUGUUCAAAUAUGACUGAUGGGAGUGUAGAGACGCUGUGAAGAUGUCAAUAUCUGUCAUUUCUUCCUUUCCCAUCAGUUUUUAAACUCAUGAAAGACUUUUGGUGCAUCAACUGCUUUAAAAGACCUAUAGGUGUAAAUAAUUAUUUAUUAUGAAACAUCAAAUCUAACUGGAUUGGAAAAAAACAGUAUGGGUUCAACAUUUUCAAAAAACAAAACCUUCCCUGUUCACCCGAACAUCCAACAAGGUUUUUAUAUCUGUGCAUGAAUUCAUAUCAUUGUCUGUACAUACAACAUUAUUAAAUGAGUUCUUGACAAA